ACAAUGAAAAUCCGCACUUUAUUAUUAUUUUGGCGCCAAGUGUUUAGUAUGCAUUGGUUUUAGUUUUGCUGAUUCAAUUUCGUAAUUUUUAAUGCUAAAUUAAAAUAAAAAUGGUGUUCCAAAGAAGUUGCUUGCGCUAUGCGCAUACCAGUGGUCACACAAGUCUAAUAUAUACCAAAGAUGGUGAAUCUAUUAUCACUUGUGGUUCAGAUGGAGAUAUACGAAAAUGGAAAGGUAUAGACGACGAUGAUCCAACAUCUACUUGCUUAGGAGAAUUUGUAAUAUGCAUUGCUGAUAUAGGAGAUAAACUAUUAGCUUCAACUGAUCUUAAUACACUGCAAUCGUAUACUUAUCCUGAUAUAGAAAAAGCUGGUACUUUGUUACGUUUUACUGCGCCAGUCACCUGUGUGUGCAUUAGGGACAUAUACACUGUUGCUGGCUCCGAAGACUGCUUUAUUAAAUAUAUAAAGAACGGUGACAUUAGCACCGAAACUCAAUUAGAAGGUCACGAAGGCCCUUUAUUGGCACUGGAUGUCAGUGCUAAAGGUUUAUUGGCAUCUAUUGCUGGUGAUGGUUUACUAAAAAUAUGGGAUCUAAACAGCGGUACUGAAGUAAAAACCAUAAACGGUUUAAUGAAGACAAAUAGUUUUGAGCGUGCGGAGUGUUUAGGCACUCCUGUUUUUGAACCAGAAAAUGGAAACUCAUUGGCGUAUGUGCAAAAAAAGGAAAUUUAUGUUUUGAAUACAAACAAUUGGGAAUUGCAAUUUAAACUCACUGACGAACGAAAUAAAGGCAACUAUAGCUGUUGUCAAUUUUCGAAGGAUGGUCAAUUUAUUGCUGCAGGUACAACUGAGGGUGAAAUAAAUAUUUUUGAUUAUGCACGCAAGCAAAGCAUAAAGUGCGAAACGCCAUCGUCAGAGUGUCAAGCAAUCACUUGCAUUGCUUGGGAUACUAAAAAUAAUUUGGAGCUCGCUUAUUGUGACGCUUCAGGACAAUUGGGUACACUAUUUUCUAGUGGUGUUACAAUAUCCGAUGUAGCUAAUGACGCCGAAGCUGAUGAAGUUGACUUUGAAGAUAUCGAUUUCGAAAGAAAUAAUGACGAUGUUGUUGCGGGUAGUGACAACGGUUUCAAUGACAAUUAUGAUGAUGAUGAAGAUGUUGAUGGAGUCUCAAUUGAAAAACUAAAGAGACAGGUAAUGAAAUCAUCUGAAACUUAUAUUAAUGGUGGCCUUACAGGUGAUGAAGAUACAAAAGAUUCGUUAGCUAAAUCUGUGCAUAAUGCAGAUGUCGACGAUUAUGACGAUGACAAACAUAAUUAUGUAGUAAAGACUUACAAACAACAAGAAGCAUUUCAGCCAAGUUCUACACCCAGCCACCUUGAGCAUAGAUAUUUAGCGUGGAAUAAUGUUGGCAUUGUUACUGCACACUCUGAUGGUGCUGAUGGUUCCAUUGACGUUGAAUUUCAUGACACCAAUAUACAUCAUUCACUACAUAUAACAAAUUACAGUCAACAUAAUAUGGCUAGCCUAAGUUCAACAGUGUUGUCGCUUUCAGCUGAGGGUUCAUCAAAAUUGGUGUGUAUUGCCUUAGCAGCAUCUGGUAAUAAAGAGUGGUCAGUUACACUACCAGAUUGCGAAAGUAUUGAAGCUUUAAUAGCUACAACUAAAAUUGUUGGUGUAGCUACUAACAAUCAUUAUUUACGCCUUUUCACAGUUAUGGGCACCCAACGUGAAAUUAUAUCUAUUCCUGGUCCUGUUUUAGCGUUAGCUGGAUAUAAAGAACGCAUAAUUGUGUGCUAUCAUAGUGCACCAGCUGGAGAACAUAAGCAACAACAUAUAUCCGCAAUGCUGAUACAAACUAAUGGUUUAAGUUUACGAACCCAACAUUUGCCAAUACCUUUGCCUGCAGAGCGUAAAAUGACGUGGUUAGGAUUCACUGAUUGUGGCUCUCCUGUUUUUACAGAUUCAAUGGGGCUUUUGCAGUUAUUUAGUUUAAAAAGUAAUUGUUGGUAUCCUAUUUGCGAUAGUAUGAAACAGAGUCAAAGCGUUUCGAAUAAUUACUUCAUUAUUGAUGUAUCCGAGAGAAGUCAAAUCGUGCAAGCAGUACUAUGCCGAGGUACAUCGUAUCCAAUGACAAAUCCACGUCCAAUGAUGCAAGAACUUAAUAUGCGAUUACCUCUCUGUGAUAUGGAUUCAGAAAAGUCAGAACUUGAAGAUGCACUUAUACGCGCCUCUUUCAUGAACGUUGAUGGAACUGAUAAAAUAAUUAAAGAGAAUGCCAUUAAAUUAUUUGCAUUGGCUUGUCGCACCGAAAUAGAAGCACGCGCAAAAGAACUGAUAGAAACGAUUGCUUGUCCAGAUAUGCUACUUUUAGCUGUUAAGUAUGCCACCAAGCUAGGUCGUAUACAUUUGUCUGACAAAUUAUGUGAAUUGAUGCCGCAAGUUGAAGAACAAAAAAAUCAACGGGAAAAAGAUGUAGCUAACGAAAAUAUACCGGAGUCACCUUUAGCCCAACUAAAUGCAGAAAACUUUGUAGCGAAAAGCAGUAACACUCCAACUUCUACAACUAAUUUGGCGCCAAAAAGUAUGGAAUUAAGUUUAGUCAAGCGUGUUUCCUUAAAACGGUUUGUUGGCUCGAAUACCCCGACAGGUUUAAAGAAGUUUUCUUUUGGACCUCAUUCAACUGCAACAACACCUACAAAUACACAAAAUUCUACUACUUCAGACUUAGACAUGGAAAUGCAGGAAAAUGCGGAGGUUUCUUAUUCCGAAUCUAAAUUGAGCAGCAGCGAUAAAGAUUUAACGCGCACACCGCUGAAUUCAGUGAAUCCGUUUGCAGCAAAACGUAAGAUAUCUGACGUAGAUGGUAAUCAAAAAGGUUUUGUAUUUGGUUCGGAUAAGCUAAAAAUGAUUAAAAAAUAAGUUGAAAAAAACAAAUUUUUUAUGUUAAUUAAGUAGUUAUAAGUGUUAUUUUAAAAUAU